AUGUUCGGUUUCAACGACGCAACAAUACUCUUCGUCUUUGUCUUUCUCCACACCCUAUUCGAAUCGAGCCAUGCGCUGCCCGACCUUCAGCGGCGCGGCCUUCCCGGAGCUGUUUACACCUGCACUGGUGAACAAUUUUCGGAAGACUGCGGAUGGUCUCUUCCCACGACAAACUGUCGCAUCGCCAGCGCCAAAUCCAUUGGCCCUGACCCUGGUGGCUAUUGCACUUUGUACAAGAACUUCGACUGCACCCAGUCCGUUCGCACACUACUAUUUCCUGGCGCUGGGACAGGGCUCCCGGAAUACAUGUCCUUCAAGUGCGGCGUAGGCGUUGGCACCUCAGGAACUGUAGCACCUAUGGCGAAUGCAAACACAGACCAGGUCUUCAAGACUCUGCCGGCGAACAGACUAGCCGGAGGAGUGGGAAGUUUGGAGAGGAAGGCCCAUUUGAAGGAGAUUCAGGCCAUGGAAAAGGAUGGGUUCAGUGAAGGGCUGAUAGGGUUGAAGAAGAAUGUGUAUUACUAG